CAACUGACAGCGCCUGAUUGUCGCCUGCUGGCCUUCUGCUUCGCGGAUGCAUCUUAACUUCUUGAUCGGAUAGAGAUAUUCCGUGUUAGGCGACACCUUUGAUACCCCUUUUUUGCGAUUCCACGGCCUCUGCUCAUCAUGGACGACCCAGCGAGCCGUGUUCCGGCGCAGUUGCUGCCGCAUAUGCAUCUGGUGUCGCGGCAUCGCUAUCCCCUUAUGCAUAUGAUGCCCACCGAUACCGUCGUCGAAUACCUUCUCUCCGCACCCAAGAUCGUUCGGGAGGCGCAACCGAUGCACUGGACGUUCCUGGAUGGUCCGCAGGACGGGACCGUAAUGCUGACCUGGCAGCCAUUGAACCAAUUGGGAACCAACUUUGCCAGCGACGGUUAUGUCUGGGCUGACGUCGAGCAAGCGUUUACCUUUGAAGCUCGCGGUUACAUGGUGGAGAUGUGGCUGCAUCGCAGCGGUUAUCACCCGCCUAAUGAGCCCGUGGCUAUCCAUUGUCGCAGACGUUAUCGACUCCUCCCGCCGAAGGUCCCCAACCCGAAUCUGCCUCCCCCCGACCCGUCCUUGUGGAUUGUUCACUACUCGAGAGGUCCCCCCACGGAACAUAUCCCCGCAAAUCGGAUCCCUGUCUUGCCCCAAGUCCAGAACAUGCUAGCCCAGCGUCGGUUCCUACAGAGCCAAGGCCAACUCGCGCGCAAGGACUUUAUGCUACACGAUCGCAACAACUGGCCAGCAAUCAACUUCCCUCCCCAAAUGGCCCCGCAAGGCUUUCCUCAGAUUCCGAACUCUUAUCCAGCUGCCAUGGUCGGACGCCAGCCGUAUUACCCCCCACCUGGUCCGGGUGUGCCCCCUCCUACCGGUGCCGCUCCGGCCAAGGCCGCGCGCGGGCAUCGCGCUUCCUCCGCCGCAGUCAAUGCCGCCACAGCUGACUUCGCUCUCGAAGAUGAAGAUGUCUCGACUGGAGAUACCAUGGACCUACUUACGCCUCGCGAGAUCAGCAAGAUGAGAUACCAGCAGCAUCAUGAGUGGAUGGAGGAAAUUUUCGCUUCGCCCUAUGCCAUCAAUCAAAUCACCCCGGUGUCCCUGGGUCUGGGCCGGAAAGGCGAGCUGGAGUCGUUGACGGCAGGCUUCUUCGAUGCACCCGUUGGGCCGGCCAGUGGUGAGACGAAGGAUGCUAGUGCCUCCGUUCAAGCCGAGAAGAUGGAGCCUGCUAAGGCGGAGGAGUUUGCCGACCGUGUCGCUAAGAAGGUCGCCGACAUGACUGCGGAGAUCGAGAAGCUGAAGAAGCGCCAUGCGCGCCGCAUGGAGAAGUUCAACCGCACGUCGCUGUUGAAGGAUGCGGAGCUUCGGCUGCGAGAAGCUGCAGCUGACCCGGCUGAUACUGGCGCAGAGACAUGGAGAUUGGAAGGUCGUCUUGUCAUGCCUACAGAAGACGAUGACUCGCAAAUCCCUCAAGUGGAGAACCCUGCCAAGUUCAAGGUUGAUGAUAUUGUGCGGGAAGUGGAGAAGUCGUGGCAGCGACCAAUCGUGCCGGAACCCAAGAUCUCCUGCGUGCAGAAAGGUGGUUUGCUGGAGAAGAUCGAGCCCGAGCCCAAGCCUGAGGCCCAGUUGGAAGGCGAUAUUGACAUGGGUGGUGCAGACAGUCAUUUCCUGGACCAACUGGGCUCGCCGCCUGCUUCAGGGGCCGUUCAAGUCAUAUCUACCGGCCAAGCACCACCAGUCGCACCCUCCGUUCCUCCUACAUCCGGCGUCCCGACUGGGGGUGUGCCCGUGCCACCGCAGCCCCAGCCCACGAUGGACACUACCCAGCAGGGCGCGUCUCUGGAUGUCGACAUGGACAUGGGCGAUGCGCAGCCUUUGAACACGGCCGCUGGUGAGACAGGCGACUGGGUGAUGGUCAACGAUGAGAAGAAGGACCAGCAUGUGGCAGGCGAUAGCUCUCUAGCGGGAAUGGGCACCCCCGGUAGUGGCAUCCAAGGCCUGACGCCCGGGAACGGAGGAAGUGCCGGAGACGCUGCGCUUGACGGUGCCAACUUCGACUUUACGAAUAUGGACAGCGCAGGCGAUGCACUCGCGGCAUACAGCGAGCAGAACGACGGGCUAGAUCUACCGGACUUGGAGAAUUCGGCCUUUGGGGAUGCAUUCCACGCAUCGGAUAAUGAAAACACGCAUCACCACGAUGCGGACGAUAUGGCUUAGACGGCUGAUCCACUGGGAUUUCGGGCUUGUUCGGGGCGGGAUGACAUGGUGUUGUGGUGCUCUUGAAACCAUUAUUGGCGCUGGAUCUGCUUUAUGUCUUGAGCCUAGUGUAUAGGCGUGUAAAAUGAGAUCAACAUGCCACCUAUCCAGCCUGGGUUUGUGCUUUGUAUAAGUGUAGCUUCGCCCCAGGGUCGUACCGUUCUGAUCAGCUGAUACCAGAACAACACAACCGCGACGGCAACACAACCAUCUACAACCACCUCACAACUUCAUCUACAGAUCAGCCACACGCACGACUAUAACCAUACAAAACUAAAUCCCCAUCAUGGACCUGACUACGCCACAGGAUAUCCCAUCAUCUCCUGUCCUAACCAAGUCAUCGCAUCUACCUGGCUGACGCCAUCACCGGGUGCGACCAUCCACCUGACAAACCGGUCAAGUGAUAUGUCGGGAUGGCUAUCAAUAUAGGCUGGACAGGGG